AUGUGCUCAGCGCAAGGUGAUUUAAGGACUGCCGUUUUUAAGAUUCCAGCGCUUCAGCCAGAGGAAGAUAUCCACCACAUCGAACUUCGCUUUAAUUCCAAUACAGCUCGCGGGAGAUGGUUACAAAUAGAGAUCAAGCGAAGUAACAAAACUAUUCGAACACAUACAUUCCGUGUUUCAAAUAACAGCGACAUCACCUCGGUCAUACAACCCUGGGUGUCUAAAAACGAGGACAAAUUGCAUGUUGAGGUCAAACAAACUUCAACUCCGAAAGAAAAUGGUAUAUUAUUGAUAUUUUCAAACGACAAAUCACAUCUUAAGAAACUUUCGGCCAUCAGUAAUGUAUCCUCAGAAGUAGAGAAUGAACUUCAUUCACGGAGCAGACGAUCAACCAGACGACGCAGAAAAGAUUGUCACUUGUCCAAUAUGCAUAUCAAUUUCAAUCAUCUUGGGUGGGGAAAGUAUAUAAUUUUCCCAAAUGCUCUCAACGCCAGGGUGUGUAAGGGUAUCUGUGCCGCGAGAGUAGCGGAAGUGAAGGCAGUGACGAACCACGCCAUGAUGCAAACCCUCCUGCGGCAGUAUAGAAAGGGGAAAAUUCCCCUGCCCUGUUGUGUGCCGAAGGUUCUAACCCCCCUAAGUAUGCUUUAUGCAGAAGCCGGUAAAAUCAUCGUGAAACAUCACAAAAAUAUGGUAGCGAAAGAGUGUGGAUGUGAGUAA